AGGAGAGAGGGAGAGAGGGAGAGAGAGAGAGAGAGAGAGAGAGAGAGAGAGAGAGAGAGAGAGAGAGAGAGAGAGAGAGAGAGGGAGGCGCGGAUGGUUAGGCUCCUGCUUGUCAGGUAGUGAGUGUUUUCCUGGGUCCUAGUCUGAGAAAAUGUAAGAAUCCAGGAUCUUGUUGGCUUCCAAACACAAUGCAGAAAGGAAUACGGUUGAAUGAUGGUCAUGUAACCUACCUGGGGCUGUUGGCAAAGAAAGAUGGCACAAGAAGAGGUUAUCUGAGCAAGAGAAGCUCAGAUAACACAAAAUGGCAAACGAAGUGGUUCGCUUUGCUGCAAAACCUUCUCUUCUACUUUGAGAAUGACUCCAGUUCCAGACCCUCGGGAUUGUACCUGUUGGAGGGCUGCGUGUGUGACCGGGCACCAUCUCCCAAGCCAUCCCUCUCAGGAAAGGAAUCACUGGAGAAACAGCAUUAUUUCACAGUUAACUUCAACCAUGAGAAUCAGAAAACCCUAGAGUUGAGAACAGAAGAUGCUAAAGACUGUGAUGAAUGGGUAGCCGCGAUAACUCAUGCAAGUUACAGGAACCUGGCCACAGAGCAUGAAGCUUUAAUGCAGAAGUAUCUCCAUUUACUUCAAAUUGUGGAAACAGAGAAAACAGUUGCCAAACAGCUGCGACAACAGAUCGAAGAUGGGGAGAUUGAGAUUGAACGGCUGAAAUCAGAGAUUGCUUCCUUGCUCAAGGACAAUGACCGAAUUCAAUCAACCCAAACUGUCACACCCAAUGAUGAAGACAGUGACAUCAAGAAAAUCAAAAAGGUGCAAAGCUUUUUGCGGGGCUGGCUCUGCCGGAGAAAAUGGAAGACCAUUAUUCAGGAUUAUAUCCGGUCACCUCAUGCUGACAGCAUGCGGAAAAGAAACCAAGUGGUAUUUAGCAUGCUCGAGGCAGAAGCUGAAUAUGUCCAGCAACUGCACAUCUUAGUCAAUAACUUCCUCCGUCCCUUGAGGAUGGCUGCCAGCUCCAAAAAGCCUCCUAUUACCCAUGAUGAUGUCAGCAGCAUCUUCCUAAAUAGUGAAACAAUCAUGUUCUUGCAUCAGAUUUUUUACCAAGGCCUCAAAGCCCGGAUAUCUAGCUGGCCAACAUUAGUGCUUGCUGACCUAUUUGACAUACUGCUGCCUAUGCUGAAUAUCUACCAGGAGUUUGUGAGAAACCAUCAAUACAGCUUGCAGAUCCUAGCUCACUGCAAACAGAACAGGGACUUUGACAAACUCCUAAAGCAUUAUGAGGCAAAGCCAGAUUGUGAAGAGAGAACUCUGGAGACCUUUCUCACUUAUCCUAUGUUUCAGAUUCCCAGGUAUAUUCUGACAUUACAUGAACUUCUGGCACACACACCCCAUGAGCAUGUGGAGCGCAACAGUUUGGAUUAUGCAAAAUCAAAACUAGAGGAAUUGUCCAGAAUAAUGCACGACGAAGUGAGUGAAACUGAGAACAUUCGGAAAAACCUGGCAAUUGAAAGAAUGAUCAUAGAAGGGUGUGAAAUUCUCCUGGACACCAGCCAAACUUUUGUGAGACAAGGUUCCCUCAUCCAGGUGCCUAUGUCUGAAAAAGGAAAAAUCACAAGGGGCCGCCUGGGGUCACUGUCCUUAAAGAAAGAGGGAGAGAGACAAUGCUUUCUGUUUUCUAAGCACUUGAUUAUCUGCACUAGAGGCUCUGGUGGGAAGCUGCAUUUGACAAAGAAUGGAGUGAUCUCACUCAUUGAUUGUACCUUGAUGGAAGAACAAGAAAGUACAGAUGAGGAAAAUAAAACCUCUGGACAAGAUAUAGAUCAUUUGGAUUUUAAGAUUGUGGUGGAGCCUAAAGAUUCUCCAUCUUUCACUGUCAUCCUUGUGGCCUCCUCCAGACAAGAGAAAGCUGCCUGGACAAGUGACAUUAGUCAGUGUGUAGAUAAUAUUAGAUGCAAUGGCCUCAUGAUGAAUGCAUUUGAAGAAAAUUCCAAAGUCACUGUCCCUCAAAUGAUCAAGUCAGAUGCCUCCCUGUAUUGUGAUGAUGUCGACAUCAGAUUCAGCAAAACCAUGAACUCCUGUAAAGUCCUGCAGAUCCGCUAUGCUAGCGUGGGGCGACUUCUGGAAAGGCUCACAGACCUGAGGUUCCUGAGCAUAGAUUUCCUCAACACAUUCUUGCAUUCCUACCGGGUGUUCACAACAGCUGUGGUGGUUCUGGAUAAGCUCAUCACGAUUUAUAAGAAACCUAUCAGUGCAAUACCUGCAAGGUCACUGGAGCUCUUAUUUGCCAGCGGCCAAAACAACAAGCUUCUGUAUGGUGAACCUCCUAAGUCCCCAAGAGCUAAUCGCAAGUUCUCCUCCCCACCACCUCUGUCCAUUACCAAGUCAUCUUCACCAAGUAGAAGAAGAAAGCUUUCCUUAAACAUCCCCAUCAUCACUGGAGGGAAGGCCUUGGAUCUGGCUGCUUUAAGCUGUUCUUCAAAUGGCUAUGCAAGCAUGUAUUCUUCUAUGUCACCCUUUAGUAAGACCACGCUGGACAUCAGCAAAUUAUAUGUAUCCAGUAACUUUCCGAAUAAGAUACCUGAUGAAGGUGAAGGUACAGCUGAAAAAAUAGAAGACUCAAGUCCCAACAAACAAAGCUCAGAAGUCUCAGUAAGAGAGGAGUCUGAUAACGAUCAAAACCAGAGUGAUGAUGCAGACACAGAGACUUCACCAACUAAGUCUCCAACUACUCCAAAAUCGAUCAAAAGCAAAAAUGCUUCAGAAUUUUCACUAUUUUCUUAUAAUAAUGGAGUUGUGAUGACUUCUUGUCGAGAACUGGACAAUAACCGGAGUGCCCUCUCAGCUGCCUCAGCUUUUGCCAUAGCAACUGCUGGAGCCAAUGAGGGCACACCGAACAAAGAGAAGUACAGAAGGAUGUCAUUAGCAAGUGCAGGUUUCCCCCCUGACCAAAGGAAUGGAGAUAAAGAAUUUGUGAUAAGGAGAGCUGCAACCAACCGAGUAUUGAAUGUCCUUCGACACUGGGUCUCAAAGCAUUCUCAGGAUUUUGAAACCAACGAUGAACUAAAAUUUAAAGUUAUUAGCUUUCUGGAAGAAGUCAUUCAUGACCCUGAACUUUUGACCCAAGAAAGAAAAGCAGCUGCCAAUAUUAUAAGGACUUUGACACAGGAAGACCCAGGGGACAACCAGAUUACACUGGAGGAGAUCGUACAGAUGGCUGAAGGAGUGAAAGCAGAACCCUUUGAAAACCACUCUGCUUUGGAAAUAGCUGAACAGCUGACUCUACUAGACCACCUGGUCUUUAAGAAGAUUCCAUAUGAAGAGUUUUUUGGACAAGGCUGGAUGAAGGUUGAGAAGAAUGAAAGGACUCCUUACAUCAUGAAAACCACCAAGCAUUUUAACGAUAUCAGUAACCUGAUAGCUUCAGAAAUCCUCCGAAGUGAGGAUGUCAAUGCCCGAGUUAGUGCCAUUGAAAAGUGGGUGGCAGUGGCUGACAUCUGCCGAUGCCUACACAAUUACAAUGCUGUGCUAGAAAUCACCUCCUCCAUGAACCGCAGCGCAAUCUUCAGACUGAAGAAAACAUGGCUGAAAGUCUCCAAACAGACAAAAGCUUUGAUUGAUAAACUCCAAAAACUUGUGUCAUCAGAGGGCAGAUUUAAGAAUCUGAGAGAAGCUCUGAAAAAUUGUGACCCACCUUGUGUUCCAUAUCUUGGAAUGUACCUCACUGAUUUGGCAUUUAUAGAAGAAGGAACACCCAAUUAUACAGAGGAUGGCCUGGUAAACUUCUCCAAAAUGAGAAUGAUAUCCCAUAUCAUCAGAGAGAUCCGUCAAUUUCAACAAACAGCCUACAAAAUAGAACACCAAGCAAAGGUAACACAAUAUUUACUGGACCAAUCUUUUGUAAUGGAUGAAGAAAGCCUUUAUGAAUCCUCUCUACGAAUAGAACCCAAAUUACCAACCUGAAGAGCAGACCAGGGAACCACAGCUAAAGUGUAUACAUUCUAUAUGAUAAUGUACAUACUUGUUUUGUUUCUCUUGGACAGCCUAGAUUUUCUUCUCAGUAUGUGCUUCUCAAAUGAAAUAAAAUCAUCGUCAUUCUUAGAUUAUUACAGUAGGACUGGAAUACAAAUUUCUGCAUUGUUUAAGAUUUCACAACCCAACCCUGUUUCCUGCAGUGCCUAUUUCUUUUGAACACCUGUAUUAUUCUGUUCUUUUAUUCUCAUGCUUUCUCCUCAAAAGAGGAAAAAUGAACCAAUGUAAGAAGCCCUGCGCACCAAUAAUUGCUUCCUUUUUCCCCAGCCCAGAUCCCUGUGGUUCUGAUGGGUUAGCAAUUGAGGCGCUUACCAGCAUAUUUUACAUAGUUGUUAUAAAUGGGGAAAACACACACAUGCAUAUAUACAUGCCUUUUGAAGUCAAGUCAUUUUAAUAUAUAUAUAUAUAUAUGUAUAUAUAUAUAUACAUAUAUUCCUGCUGGCAGUGAAGUAAUUUCAAAAGCAAAUUUCUGCAAAAAAAAAAAAAAUUAAAACCCACUGUUAUAAAGAAUUCCCAUCACUAAAUAAUCUUGAUGGAACAGAGUAGUUUAAGCUAGAAUUCAUCACACUUUAAGAAGACCGCUAUCUUGUCUGACACCAUAUCAUUCAUUGUUCUAUUAAUAUAAGACAGCAUGAAUCACAGUUUAAAUAAACUGAAUGAGGUUCUAUACCUUUGUGAGGAAAACUACCUUCAGUGUAACUUAUUACAAUCCAUGAUUUUUGUAGAUUGCUGCCCAGAGUUCAUUUAUAGUAAGGAAUACAUACACACACACACACAAAAUGUAACUUUUAAUAUUUCACCUACAUAACAGUCAUUACAGGCUUAUGUUGAGAUGCUAUAAAUCUGUAUACCUUGUGAUAAUCAGUACCAUAAUGUAGAAUUAGAGAAAUAAUUACCCAGUGUUUUUAUUGCAUAUACUGUAAUCCUGUCUAAAUAUCUUCUAGCAGGAAUAUAGUAAUGUAGUGCUUAUUCUGUGAAUACUACCAUGUAUUUUUUUACAUUGUACAGUAUAUAAAACACAGUUGAACUUCAAAGUGGCAGGCAUGUUCCACUAAAGCAAACAGAAGACUUUUGCUGUAAGCAAUACCUAGCGGUAUGAGAAUUCUAUUUCAAGUCCUAAAAUAUUUCAACUUACAGCUUGUUUGAAAAAAGCAAAAUUUCCAUUUUUGUAAAACUAUAUGUUUCCUGAUUACCUCUUGCUAAUAAAUCUAUUCUAUCUCAGGGUGAACAAUGAGUUUAGACGCGUUUAUCCUGGAUUUUUUCUUUCCCAUUCAAUUCAGCUCAAUCUUUCUUUAACACCUUCUAUGAGCCUGGCGACAUACAAGGUAUUGUGAGGUAUACCAAGCAUAGAACAUUGUCCCUUCUCUGAAAGAGUUAUCAGUCUUGCCGGGGAAAUGAGACAUACACAAAUAAUAAAUAAAUAACAAACAGGGAGAGUAGAGAUGUGUGUCUGCUGUGAGCCAGAGUGGUUGAUACCUUGUUUUCUUCCUAAGUGUUAGCUACCCUCCUAAGAGAUAAGCAGAUACUGGUAGCUAGGCAGAGAAGAGGGAUCAGGUUGGCUUAUAAGUAGUCAUCCUUGGAACUCAGGCAAAUAAAAACAGAAAACAGACAAUCUGGCAAUCGAAUUAGGAACCUAAAGUACUAUUACUGUACCAAGAGCCCAGGAAAUAUGGACACCAAGAGAACUGUUGCAAUAACCUGUAAGGUAUUCAUUUGUUUAAAUUCAUUCAUCCAACAGAUAUUUGUUGAAAGCAUACUAUGAGCAAGGUGCUGUCCCAGGUGUCCAGGGGGUCAAGAGAGGUACGAAGAACACAUUCCAUACCCUCAAUGACCCCUCAGAACAGCAGCGAAGUAAGACAUUUAUACAAGCAAAUUUAAUAAAAGAAAGCCUGUGGGGGCAGCUAGAAUGUGCAGUAGAUAAAGCACCAACCCUAGAUUCAGGAGGACUUAAGUUCAGGUCUAGCCCCAGGCACUUGACACUUACUAGCUGUGUGACCCUGGGCAAAUCACUUAACCCCCAUUGCCCUGAAAAAAAUAAAUAAAUAAAAAGAAUAAAAGGAAGCCUGUGAUAAGAUCCAGAUAUAUGAUGGUCAGUCAGUGAACAAAAAUUUGUCAGGUGCUUAGUAUGUGACAGGUACUAUGCUAAGCACUUGGCAAUACAAAGAAAGGUGGAAAAAAAAACCAGUCCCUGCCUUCAAGGAGAAUACAUUCUAUGGGGAGGGACAACAUGUAAAUAACUAGUAUAUAAAAGGUAUAUAUACAGCAGACAAAGGUAUACCAAACUUUUCUAACUAAGGUGAUCAACAAUUAAAUCUAAUAUAAGCUGAUCUCCCUAAUAAAGGUAAAAGGACUUCUUUUUCAAUUCUCUUUGCUAUAGCAUAUUUAAAAGUAUUAAUGGUCUUAAAAUAGGUUAGAAGGAAUAAUCCAGGAAGGAAGCCAGAAAGAAAAGGAUUCAAAGAGAAAUAGAAAGAAAUUAGUGUAAAGAAGUAGAUAACAUUAACAAAAAUAUUGUAUUCAGACCACAGGCAAGAGAUAAUCUGACAGUAUUCUUCCCUGGUCAGACCACAUCUAAAGGAUUUGUAUCCUUUUCUGGCCACUGUACUUUAAAAGGAAUAUUGACCAACUAGUGGAUAUCUGGAAAACAGUGACAAAAAAAAUAAUGUGGGGUCUAAAAAUCAUAAAAUAUAAGGAACGAUUGAAGAAAAUGGUUUAGCCUGGAGAAGAGAAAUCUAAGGGGAGACAUGAUGUUAUCUUCAAAUAUUUAAAAGGAUGUCACAUGAAAGAUGAGGUAGAUUUUGUUCUUUGUUUCUCUAAAUUAAUAAGACUAGUGGCAGGAAGUUACAUAAAGCAGGUAUCAGUUCACUAUAAAUAUCCUUUGACUAAGAGCCAAUCCCUAAUAGAUAAGUGAUAAAAAUUAUAUGAACCAAGUUUUCAAAAGAACUGCAAACCAUCAGCAAGCAUAUAAAAAUUGCUCCAAAAAACUAAUAAAAGAAAUGAAAAUUAAACAAUUCUGAUAUUUCACCUGUCACCCAUUGAACUGGCAGUUGAUUAAAGAGAAAGAAAAAUAGUCAAUGUUGGAGGAGCAGUGGAAAGAUAGGCAGACUACUUAGCUGUUGGUGGAGUUGUGAAUUGAUCCAACAGGUCUGGAAAACAAUUUGGAAUUAUACAAGGAAAGUUACUAAACUGUUCAUACCUUUUUGACCCAGCAAUACCACUUUUGGACAUGUAUCCUCAAGGAGGUCAUUGACAAAAUGGUCCCAUGAAAACAUUUAUAUUUUGUACUAGCAAAAAAAAAAAAAAAAAAAAACCUAGAAACAAUGUGGCUAACCAUCACUUUGAAAAAAGUUGGAGAAACUGUACUAAUCUAAUAUAUGAAGGAAUGUGGGAAUGUAGUGAAACAUUAUUGUGCCA